GACGAGCUUUUUGAGAGGUGCUUCUGCGGCGGAUGGUUGCUGUGAACAUCUGACGGAGGGCUUGUUGUCUGUGUUGUCAAGGGAUGUUUUCUACUCGGUACACUGGACAACUGCGAUCAUAAUGCGGCCUUGUGCGUUCCACGAGGAUUGUUAGAACGUUCUGCGGCACGAGUCGUAGAAAUCAGUCAAAGUGAGAAAUCUUUUUUUUCAUUUAGAAGAUCUACUUAUCAUGGCUGCGACAGUCGUGUGCCUAUGAAAAACCUGUGCAUACAAGUGAUAUAGUUGCCGACCAUCUUUUCCCGCCGUGCAAAGGACGUUGGCUGCCGAAAUGGCUCAGGACAUCGAGAUUUCCAGCCUGCCGCCCGACGUGCGAGAGAAACUCGCGGAGUUGGAGCUCGAGUUGUCUGAAGGUGACAUAACACAGAAGGGCUAUGAGAAGAAGCGUGCCCGGCUUUUAGCUCCAUAUCUCCCAUCACAUCCUACAGCUCUGCCCACAGGCUCUGCUAGUCCUUCCACUCGAGCCAAGAGAAGAGCUCAGCGUAGGCUUACACGUAAUGAGAGCAGGUAUCAUUCAGAAGUCAGGCAAGAGGCUGUGCAGCAGGCGUUGGCUGCAAUGCAAAAUAAGCCAAAACCAUCACUUCCAAUGCCUUCAAAGAGGACUUCAGUGAUGACCACGUCACCAUCUAGGGAACGCCAUCCUUCAGGCAUCUCGAGUGACGACGACAGCGUACUGAAUGAAGGCAGCACGCCAGAGCAGGAAAGGCUAAUGCGGCCACUGCCAACACCACCCCAGUCAGACACAUCAGGAGCCUCAUCACCACGAGAGACGCCACCACGCAUUGCCUUGCGUUGCAGCAAUGGCCGGGGUUCAGACCGGCCAACGAUGGAUGGUGUGUCGCAUCUGGCUGAUGUCAUGCAGAACCUCACACCCAGCGAGUACACAGACUUAAAUCCACAACCUGAUGUCACCAACACAGGCAUCAGUGCCAAUCAUACUCCAACAGAGCAUGCCAACCGAUACAACCAGGCCCAUAUGUCCUCUGUGAGGGUCACGCAGCACUCUGCAACUGGUCUGGAGUAUGGUACCGGCAAAUGGAAGGUUUCAGCCAAAAUUCAACAGCUGUUGAACACACUGAAGAGGCCGAAAAGGAGACCACUGCCAGAGUUUUACGUUGACGAUGAAGUUGACAUGGACUCAAACCCUUCGGAUCCCAAUGCUCCUCAGCCGGAAGGUGCCACAAUGACUCCCACCGUUGGAGAAAACCUGGAGGUUCCGUCUGGGCUUCCUCAGUCUUUAGAAGCUGCCAUCAAAAGGUAUGGUUCAGGAACAUUCAAAUUUCCCGCAGCCACUGUGCUGGACACAAGUGGAAAAAUCGGGACACCUUUACCCUAUGGCAAGCUUCUCAGCCGGUCCUGGAAGAUAGCCUUUAACCUCCUCAACAAGUUGGGUCAGAAAGGCGAAGGUCAAGCACUCAAGCCUGGAGACCGGGUGGCCCUUGUGUACCCAAACAAUGAUCCUGUUGCCUUCAUGUGUUCCUUUUAUGGCUGCCUCAUGGCAGGCUUAGUCCCUGUUCCUAUUGAGGUCCCUUUAACAAGGAGGGAUGCUGGCUCCCAGCAGAUAGGCUUUCUACUUGGAAGCUGUGGUGUCAGCUAUGCACUCACCUCUGAAGUUUGCUAUAAGGGGCUCCCCAAGAAUGCCACUGGCGAAAUUCACACUUUCAAGGGUUGGCCAAAACUGCACUGGUUUGUGACAGAACACUUGAGCAAGCCACCAAAGGACUGGAGCCCUCCUACGAGGCUCACAGAUGAAACUGCAGCUUACAUUGAGUACACCGUUGACAGAGACGGAGCCAUGAAGGGAGUGGCGGUGUCCAGGUCUGCACUAGUCAAUCAUAGUAGAGCGCUAACAGCUGCCUGCAAUUAUACCGAAGGUGAAGUGAUGGUUUGUGUGCUGGACUACAAACGUGAGAUGGGCCUCUGGCAUGGUGUGCUUGCGAGUGUCUUCAAUGGAAUGCAUGUUAUUUUUAUACCUUACUCAUUGAUGAAAGUCAAUCCAGCGUCAUGGAUGCUGAUGAUAACCAAGUUCAAAGCCAAUGUUGCCGUGUGCAAGUCAAGGGACUUGCACUGGGGCCUUCUCGCAACCAAGGACCAUAAAGAUGUCAACUUGAGCUCACUCCGACUACUACUUGUGGCUGAUGGAUCUAACCCAUGGUCCCUGUCCUCUUGUGACCAGUUCAUCAGUGUGUUCCACAGUCGGGGGCUGCACCCAGAUGCUGUGUGCCCAUGUGCAGCCUCACCUGAGGCCCUCACCGUGGCUGUGCGACGGCCAGGGCGUGUGGGCGCUGGUGCCAGUGGCCGUGGCGUCCUUUCCAUGGCAGCUCUCAGUUAUGGUGUCAUCCGUGUCGAUAUGGAAAACAGUCUCACUUCACUCACGCUACAAGACUGUGGGCACAUCCUGCCUGGAGCUGUGGCUGCAGUUGUGAAGAUCAAUGAUGCCCCUUAUCUCUGCAAAACGGAUGAAGUGGGUGAAAUUUGUGUGAGUGCCUCAACGUGUGGCUAUGCAUACUGGGGACUCCAGGGCCUUUCAAACAACAUCUUCAAGAUGCAACCUCUUCACCAAGAUGGAAGACCAGUGACUGACCAAACCUUCGUUCGAUCUGGGCUGUUGGGGUUUGUGGGACCUGGUGGCUUAGUAUUUGUGUGUGGCACCAGAGAUGGCCUGAUGCAAGUCAGCUCACGCAAACACAACACAGAUGACCUCAUUGCUACCGUUUUGGCUGUGGAGCCAAUGAAGUUCAUCUACAGGGGAAGGAUUGCUGUGUUCUCAAUUAAAGUACUCCGGGAUGAGCGUAUCUGUGUUGUUGCUGAACAGCGGCCAGACUGCACGGAGGAGGAAAGCUUUCAGUGGAUGAGCAGAGUCCUCCAAGCUGUGGACAGCAUUCACCAGGUUGGAAUUUACUGUCUGGCUUUAGUGCCACCAAACUACCUGCCAAAGACGCCACUUGGUGGCAUCCACUUGCCAGAAACCAAAAGGCGCUUUCUUGAAGGGAGCCUGCACCCAGCCAAUGUGCUCAUGUGCCCACACACAUGUGUCACCAACCUACCAAAGCCCCGCGAGGUGCACCCAGCGGACCUGUCACAAGAUUCUCCAAAAGUGGGCCCGGCAUCUGUGAUGGUGGGCAACAUGGUGCAAGGGGUUCGACUCGCUGUGGCCCAAGGACGGGACAUUGGCAUUAUUGACGAGGACAGCGAUACCGCCCGCAAGUACCAGUUCAUCUCCGAGAUACUGCGUUGGAGGGCCACCACCACAGCUGACCAUGCUGUCUUCACUUUGCUCAAUGCCAAGGGCAACACUGCAUCUAGUUUGACCUGCUCUCAACUACACAAGCGAGCAGAAAGGGUCGGGUGCCUGCUGCUUGAAAAAGGAAAAUUGAACACAGGGGAUCAUGUGGCACUUAUAUACCCACCUGGCAUCGAUCUCAUCUGUGCAUUCUAUGGGUGCCUUUACGUUGGUGUGGUCCCAGUGACAAUCAGACCACCACAUCCACAGAACCUGCAGACUACCUUGCCCACUGUUCGAAUGAUUGUUGAUGUCAGCAAGUCUGUGAUUGUACUUUCAACAGCCCCUGUCACCAAGCUCCUGCGUUCAAAGGAAGCAAGCAAUGUGGUGGAUGUCAAGUCCUGGCGUAUGAUUCUAGAGACUGAUGACUUGCCCAAAAAAAAACUUAGUAGCAUUUAUCGAGCCCCAACACCAGAGAUGAUAGCUUAUUUGGAUUUCAGUGUCAGCACUACUGGCAUGCUUGCUGGAAUAAAGAUGUCACAUGCAGCUGCAACAUCACUUUGCCGGAGCAUGAAACUAGCCUGUGAGCUGUAUCCCUCCCGGCACAUUGCCUUGUGUCUCGACCCGUAUUGUGGCCUUGGAUUUGUUCUUUGGUGCCUGAACAGCGUUUAUUCUGGCCAUCAUUCUAUUCUGAUCCCACCCUCUGAGGUGGAAGUAAACCCUGCAAUCUGGUUGACAACAGUGAGCCAGUACAAAGUUCGAGACACCUUUUGCUCCUAUGGAGUGAUGGAGCUGUGCACAAAAGGUCUGGGGUCAUCGAUUGCUCAGUUGAAGCAACGUAAUGUGAAUCUGAGUUGUGUUCGGACCUGUGUGGUUGUUGCGGAAGAACGCCCUCGGAUUGCACUUACCACCUCAUUCUCAAAGUUGUUCUCCGGACUUGGCUUGUCUCCUCGAGCCGUGAGCACCAGCUUUGGUUGCCGUGUGAAUGUUGCCAUCUGUCUUCAGGGGGCAUCAAGUCCAGAUCCAAGCCAAGUGUAUGUAGAUAUGCGGGCACUGCGUAAUGACCGGGUGACACUGGUUGAGCGUGGUGCUCCACAUUCCCUGUGUCUGCUCGAGUCGGGGAAACUGCUGCCAGGACUCAAGCUGGUCAUUGCUAACCCAGACACACGAGGACAGUGUGGUGACUCACACCUUGGAGAGAUCUGGGUGCAAUCACCCCAUAAUGCCAGUGGAUAUUUCACUGUAUAUGGUGAUGAAUCCCAACACAAUGACCACUUCAGUGCCAGGCUUAUUACUGGAGACACUGGAAGUGUGUAUGCUCGCACCGGCUACUUAGGCUUCCUUCGACGUACAGAAGCAGUCUCAAGUGACAAUGAGACAGAGGCUGCAUCAAAUGGAGAUGGCCCAGAGCUGCAUGAUGCAGUUUUCGUUGUUGGUGCCCUGGACGAAACUAUGAUGCUUCGGGGAAUGCGGUACCACCCGAUUGAUGUUGAGAACAGUGUGCUGCGCUGCCACAAGAAGAUCUCUGAAUGUGCUGUGUUUACGUGGACCAACUUGCUGGUGGUGGUUGUGGAGCUGGAUGGCAAUGAGAGCGAGGCGCUGGACCUUGUGCCACUAGUGACAUCAGUGGUACUAGAGGAGCACCAGCUUGUCGUGGGCGUGGUAGUCGUCGUCGACCCUGGUGUGGUGCCCAUCAACUCGCGUGGUGAGAAGCAGCGCAUGCACUUGCGUGACGGCUUCCUGGCCGACCAGCUGGACCCCAUCUAUGUGGCCUACAACAUGUGAGCCUUCCCUUGGGUCCUGCCAGUCGUCCAGAACAUGUCUCCUACUACAACACAUCUGUCAACACCAUCUGCAAAGCCUAAUGUGUUGAGCAACUGUUUUCUAGUUCAUAUAAGCCUCUGUCAGUGCUUCUACAUGUAUGCUUACGGCAUGAAUGCAGGAAAGAAGGAAUAGGCUAGACAUCUGGUUUGACUGCCCUCCAGACGUUAAUCUUUGUUCAAGUUGUUUCAUGUGGCAGUACCACGAAGAAAGGCGAAGAUUCUUUGGAGCAUAUGACAGUAAACUACACCACAGUGUUUGCAAACAGGGACAUAUGUGCUGUUCUCACUUGCUUCAAGGCAACCUGCUGUUUCUGUGUUGUUAUUGGUACUUGUUCCUUUUACAUUACGACACAGAGGCAUGCAUUUCUCGUUUAUUCCUGUCCACAUCUAUGCUGGUAGCUGUCUAAAUGUAAAGUGUCAAACUGUGGCAUUCUGUGUUUUUUUCACAGUCACACCUCUUGUUCAACUUAGUUCUGCUCUUAAAGCAUUGCAGACAUAGGUUUACAAGAAGUGAGUCACACGAGUGCUGGAACAGUAUAAAUUACUUACAGCAGAGAGGCAAACUAGCAGUGUUGAAGGCUUCAGUGUUCCAGACACCCUAAGGUCUUCUUUACUGUGCCCCUUUGCAUUCUCAAUAACGGUGGAAUCGUUGAAAGAGAGAGCUGUUACCAAUCAGUACUGCGUUCAGCUUUUACAGCAAGUGCUCUCCCCCCCCUCUACUAUCACCACCACCACCACCAGCUGUUUUACUUUUUUUUUCUCUUUGAUGCAGACGCACGUGGCAGUGUGCAGCACAUAGUUCCGGAUGCUUGCAUACAUGUCAGCAUCAUCGCAUACCACUUAGUCACUUUUUGCGAUGAAAUCUGUAGUGAGAAUGACUAGAAACCUUUGUCACAAUGUUUUGGAAAUCGAGAUAUAUCCAUAUAUAUUAUACAUACAUAUAUAUAUAUAUAUAUAUUAUAUAUAUAAAAUAACUUGUAAAAGUCAUAAAAAAGUGCUCAUCUGUAUAAAGUGGUUUUUCAGAAGACUGCCAAGUCAGGCCUGUUCGAGUAGUGGAAAGAUGGGGCGCGCCUGGCAUCAUUUACCCACUGCUUUGUGUAAUAUUUUUUUGCUUGCUCUUGCCCGAACCUAUUUGUUAUGGCAUUUUGUAUGCCUUCGAAGCAGAGCUCAGGGCUGGGCCAUUCAGUAUAAAUGUGUUGUUAUGCACAUGCGGUUCUUGCCAGGCAGUCUUCUGCCACCAGGGCAUUUCAGCCAGCAAGUUGAUUUAUACACCUGCAUUCUAUAAAGCGGCCACUGCCACAAGGGAGCAUGCACAUUACUGAGUGCUUUGCCUGUGGCAACCUCAAUAGACUCCCAUUCUUGCAUUCCGUGAAAAGCUUCGAGCCAUUUGGCAAGCUGGCAACUGCUUGCACUGUGCGAUGUGAUGAUGGUCAGGCAUUUUGUCAUCCUUACACUGUUUGUUCUUCCCUUUUUUUUGUGUUUUUACCUGAAUGUACAGAUUUCUUGUGCGGAUGUUUGAAGCAACUGUGAAGUAUCAUGACUGUGCUCGGCUGCAGAGGGAACUUACUGCAUUGUUGCCAUUGUUUAUCAUUAUUCUCUGUAUAUUUAUUGACUCUGUAGAGCCAGCGAUGACCAAAUGAGCAGCAUGAAUUUUGUGAAUCAUGGCAUUGCUUUCUCAUUUUACUUUGAACAAAGUUGUGCUUAAGA